UUAUUGCCGAGGUAUAGCCGAGGUAGUGGAGGGAGGCUGUCCCUGGACCAAGCCCGAGCUCUGAGUCUGGUCCCCCCGAAGAGCGAACCGGCGAGAAGCGCAGGCGUCGAGACGCCCGCCGCCGCCACAUCAAACGUAGCCGCUAUAGGUUAAAUCCUCCGAUCCGUUUUUCUUGUUUUUCCCACAGUGGCACCUGAUCCCGCCUUCAAAAGUAGACCCGGACCAAUCCGCGGUACACGUCGCGUCGCCCGUUGCUUUCGCAUCUCCUCCGUCAGCUACCACGCAGACGGUCAGUCGUCGUUUGUUAUCAGAUCAGGAAGACCCGCCACGUCAGUCAACCAUCGUCGUCAUCGCUGUCAAACUUUAGCGUCAAGCUGAAAAUCCGUAUACUCUCCAGUGCCGUCGUUGAGUGUUAUAAUACACGCGAGUUCUUCUCAAAUCAGUGACACACACGUGCCGAUAUCAAAAAAAAGUGCUUAGUCCAGGCGCCACGGCGUAAUGAAUGGAGCGACGGCCGUCGGUACCGCCGGAGAUCAUCUCGGCCAGUCGCAACAGCUUCACCACGCCAGCAGUCCGGAACAUCCGCGAAGUCCGGGAAGUCCUCUAAGCCUAAGGCGAGUAUCCGGAAUUUUCAUUACAGAUUCGGGCGACAGUAGCGUUAUUUCACCGGGACUUCCGGAGCGGUACAGCCCCCUCGGAGCUACCGGGUCUGCGUCGAGUCUGGACCCUUACGCAUCGCGGGGUGUCCAGGACUGUCCUCUGCCGCUUUGCCGAGGAAUGCCGUCGGAAUUUCCUCCCCCGAGAUCACCGUACUUGACAGCCCUCGGGAACGGGCAUCCUCACUUGAUGGGCCAGGUACAGCAGCAGCCUCAGCACGGCGCCAAACCACCCCGGACUCUGGGCCUGAUCUGCGUCGUCUGCGGCGACACCAGCUCCGGGAAGCACUACGGAAUUCUCGCUUGCAACGGAUGCAGCGGUUUCUUCAAGAGAAGCGUCCGCCGCAAGUUAAUUUACAGAUGUCAGGCGAACACUGGAAGCUGCAUUGUCGACAAAGCUCAUAGAAAUCAGUGCCAAGCCUGCCGUCUUAAGAAAUGCAUACAAAUGGGGAUGAACAAAGAUGCCGUGCAGAAUGAAAGACAGCCUCGGAACACAGCCACCAUCAGACCAGAAGCUCUCGUCGAAAUGGAGCAGGACCGAGCGCUUCGAGAAGCUGCUGUGGCUGUCGGAGUGUUUGGACCUCCGGUGUCACUGGCGAUGGCCAGGUACACGGCACCCCUACCUCUGCCAUCCAUUGCGCCGACCCCGAAUUCAACGAGUGCUUCGACGCCACCGCGCCAGGAAGCCGAAGACGGCAACGGCUCCGAGGAUAGCAUCGACGUAACAAACGAGGAACCCGUCGUUCCGCAGCGCAGCGGUUGCGCUCAGCUACCGCCGGUGCUUCCCGCCCUCUAUUCGCCGACGACGGUCGAGACCGUUUACGAAACGAGCGCCAGAUUACUAUUCAUGGCCGUUAAGUGGGCCAAAAAUCUUCCCUCUUUCGCCAGUCUACCAUUUCGCGAUCAAGUAAUACUGCUCGAGGAGGCAUGGUCGGAACUGUUCCUCUUAAACGCCGUCCAGUGGUGUUUGCCCUUGGAGUCGUCGCCGCUGUUCAGUGCCGCCGAACUUGCCGCCCUGACGCUUUCCCCGCCGCUCCAAUCCCACCAGGGGCUGCAUUACCCGGGUGUCGGAAAGUCCACUCAAGUUUCCGCGGACGUCAGACAUCUCCAUGACACCCUCCACAGAUACAAGGCCAUGAUGGUAGACCCCGCGGAAUUCGCCUGCAUGAAAGCCAUCGUCCUCUUUCGACCUGAAACCCGGGGCCUCAAGGACCCCAGUCAAAUAGAGAAUCUUCAGGAUCAGGCUCAAGUUAUGCUCGGGCAGCACGCGAGAGCUCAGCAUCCGGGAAACCCGGCGCGCUUUGGAAGGCUCCUUCUUCUCCUGCCCCUUUUGCGAGUCGUUCCAGCGACGAGAGUUGAGCUGGUCUACUUCCACAAGACGAUCGGCAACACUCCUAUGGAGAAAGUCCUUUGCGACAUGUAUAAGAAUUAGGCUGAACUUGACUCGAAGUUGAAGUGAGUCUAGAACUUACAUUUUUUCCGUGCAUCUUUCGUGUACUCCGGCUCUGUAACGAUCGGCGAUACAUGUUCGACGAACAAUCCCUAUUGACGACGGUGAAAGAGAGCAAAGCUUAUUAAAUCCCA